CCUCAUUGCCUUCCCCCUCUCCCUCCAUCACCAGCUCACGAUAGCCGCGCCCCAGCCCUCGCUCCUGUGCAACGCUGCCCACUGCCUGCGGUGGUUUGCCUCGCCUCCCUCAAUACCUACCGCCUCUUUUCUCUCCUACGCCAAACGGCCAUACAUUGCCCUGGCGGCGACGAAAGGGUGACUCUCGAGGUUCGUUCGUACCGGCAUGUCUCGCGUCAAUUAGCUGCUGACUCCUAGAUGCAGCGACCCUAGCUUGCCCAUCCCGUCUCAGCAUUCAACGCCGCCCGAGCCCAUGACGCUGGCAAGUCGUCGUCGGUGACAUCGAUCCUUCGCCCAGCCCGCACCCGAGCCAGCCGGAUCCGCCCUGCCCUGCGCCGACAGCAACUACCACCACCACAACCACUACCACCAUAACCCAUCCCUGCUGCCCCCGUUGGCUGGUUGGCGCCCGCUGUAACCCCAGCCCAAACAGGACAGGACAGGACGGGCAGCCAGCGCAGAGCCAGACAGACCCAAAGCUCCAGGGGAGCAAAAGUAUUGAUUAGUGGAGGUGGUCCACAUUUUCGGGACACCCCCCUCCGUCAUCGCCCAGGCCAUCGCCAUCAUCGACGACACGCCGCAGAAUCGCUGCAAGGGGUCGCCGUUAAGUACCGGCGCGCGAGCACCCGUGGUCUGCCAUUUACAGUACCACCGCAACGGCUCGCAGUGCAGCGCCCGCACAGAAGCAGCCGGCGCACAUCCACGAAUCGCCUUGUCCGCCUAACCUCCAUCAGCCCUCGUCGUCGCUUUCAUCAUCAUGCCGUCCACCGCCGACAUCCUCGCCUCAGCCUUUGGCCUGCCCCGCUCCCGCUCCCGGGGCAGCGGCAGCAGCAGGGGCAGCAGCCCGGCCAGGCCCCGUCGUCAUAGUGGCGACGUGCCUCGCAGCAACGCCCCCGCGGGCCUCAACCUCAACACCAAGGACGUCGCCCCAGCCCCGGCCAAGGCCACUUACACCGAUGGCUCGCUCGCUUCGUCGCCCACGGCCAACACUCCGACGCCCUCGAGCCCCGCGACUCCCUCCUCGCCCAGCAUCCCUGUGCAGCAUCUUACCCGCCGUCACAAGACCACCUCGGACGCCAGUCAUCGUCGCAGCGGCAGCGCCUUUGGCAGCAGUAGGACCGCCCUCGGCCCGCCUCCCAAGAUGAAUGACAGUGGCGUCGAGCUUCCCCAGGGCUCCCGCAGGGCCUCUCCGCGCACCAGCAUGGAUCUGCCGCGCGCCAGCACGGACAAGUCGCUUCUCUCGCUCGACAGCGGCCGCUCCAGCAUGAGCGCCGACUGGCCGACGCACCCCUACGAGCUCAAUACCAUCGCCGAGCUCGACCGCUUGCCCCAAGGCACCGAGGUCAACUUCCGCGCUCGCAUCGCCACCCAGCGCCAGCUGUCCAAGGCACUCGAUUUCCUCCUCUUCCGCGACCAAACGCACUCUGUCCAAGGCGUGCUUUCCCGGGAGCACGUGGACAUGGUCAAGUGGGUGCAAAAGCUGGCUCCAGAGUCUCUUGUUCAGGUCAAUGGCAUCCUGAAGACGCCACCGGAGCCCAUUCGCUCUGCCACCCACUCCGGAGUCGAAGUCAGCAUCCAGUCUAUCCACCUCGUCGGCGCCGCGUACAAUGCGCCCUUCACCAACUACAAGCCCCCGGAGUCUCUGCGCAAUCGCAUGAACUCGCGCAUCCUCGACCUGCGCCACCCUUCGAACCAGGCCCUGUUCCGCAUUCGCUCCGUCGUAGCCCGCACAUUCCGCGAUGUGCUUGAGAAGGAGGGCUUCGUCGAGAUCAACACCCCGAAGCUCCAGCCUGCCGCGACCGAGAGUGGCGCCGCCGUCUUCAAGGUCAACUAUUUUGGUCGCAAUGCCUUCCUCGCCCAGAGCCCCCAGCUGGCCAAGCAAAUGUCCAUUUCAGCCGACUUUGGUCGCGUCUUCGAAGUUGGGCCCGUCUUCCGCGCCGAAAAUUCCAACACGCAUCGCCACUUGACCGAAUACACGGGCCUCGAUAUUGAGAUGGCUAUUGAGCACGAUUACCACGAAGUCAUUUACGUCCUCGACGACUUCCUCAAGUCUGUCUUCAAGAACGUCUACGCCAUGCCCGAGGUCAAGGAGGUGCAGAAGCGCUGGCCGAGCGGCGAGUUCAAGUAUCUCGACGAGACCCUCGUCCUCGACUUCCGCGAGGGCAUUCGCAUGCUGCGCGAGGAUGGGCGCGAUGUCGAAGAGGAGGAUCUCUCCACCCCUGAUGAGAUGCGCCUCGGCCAGCUCGUCCGGGAAAAAUACAACACCGAUUACUAUAUCCUCGACAAGUUCCCCGCCAGCGCUCGCCCCUUUUACACUCACAAGGACCCCGAAGACCCCAACUGGACACGCUCCUUCGACAUCUUCAUCCGCGGUCAGGAGAUUUGCUCCGGUGGCCAGCGCAUCAACGACCCCCACGAGCUGCGCCAAAACAUGCUCGACGCCGGCAUGUCCGAGGAGGGCAUGGAGGACUACAUGGCCGCCUUCGAUCUGGGCGCGCCCCCGCACGCCGGUGCCGGCUUAGGCCUGGAACGAAUCGUUGCGUGGAUGCUCGAGCUCGGCGAUGUGCGAUACGCCUCGCUCUUCCACCGAGAUCCCAAGUCGCUUCCUGAGCGAUCUCCUGGCCUGGCUCAUCCUGAGGCGGACACCACCAAGCCCCAGGCUGCCGGUGCCCCCCCGCCGAUCGAGAAGCUCAUUGCCAACUAUGGCGAUGCCUCCAACACAUCUUGGUUGGACGAGCGCUUCGAGAUUUGGCGCCACCCCACGGGCGCCGCCGUCGGCUUCGUCAGGCAAGAGAAGUUUGCCAUGGUCACUGGCGACCCCUUGUGCGACCGGUCGCAAUACAAGGACGUGUGCUCCGCUUUCGUCAAGUUUGUCCUCACCGAGCUGCGCCUCACGCCCGUUUGGAUGCUUGUUUCGUACGAGGUCCAGAAGAUUCUCGCACAGCAGUUGGGCUGGCGCACGUUGUCCUGCACCGAGGAGCAACGCGUCGACACCAACAAGCAUCACAACACGACGGGUGGCCCGAAGGCCAGGCGCGUCGAGCGCGAGGGAGUCAAGGUGCACGAGGUCAAGGGCGACGACGACUUCAUCAGCCGCGCCAACCCGGCCAUUGAGGAAUGGAAGGCGAGCCGCAAGGGCAAGCAGAUUCACUUGACCGAGGUGAGGCCCUGGGUCGACAUGGAGCACCGACGGUACUUUGCUGCCGAAAAGGAUGGCAAGGUACAGGCCCUCGUGGUGCUGGCCAAGCUGUCUGCCAAGCACGGCUGGCAGGUCAAAUGGGCGCUCGACUUCCCCGGCUCCGUCAACGGCGCCAUCGAGGUGCUCAUCGAGUACACGCUCUCGAGCGUGACGGGCCAGGUGACGUUUGGUGUCGGUGUUUCAGAGAAGCUGACCCCCGGAGAGCAUCUCCACGGCAUCCGCGCCCGCUUCCUGGCGACAACGUACAACUCGAUUGUCGAGAGCCUGGGCUUGCGCCGCAAGGCCGGUUUCCGCAGCAAAUUCGGCGCCCUCGGCGAGGAAGUCUACAUUUGCUACCCGAAGCACGGCGUCGGCCUACGCGACCUGAACCAAAUCAUCAAGUUCUUCCAGGACUGAUGGGGCCUGUGGUGUUUUGUCUUGUUGUCUUUUGGCCUUUGGACCACAGGGUCACGGUACGGAACGGACUGUCUGUCUGCGAGGGCCUUGCCUACGACGGCGUCCAAAAGCGUUGCGGAGAGAGUCACGCGAGCCUCGCACGUGGUGAGGGCCGGGUGUGAAAAGAGACGUGAUAGGGCGGGCGGUACGCGGCGAAGGGGCUGGUUAUGGUCACUGGCGGCGGG